CUACAACAGGCAAGUUAGAUUGUCGUUUCCGAGUGGUGGUGCAAUCCGUAAAAAUAGAUGGCAAUUGUAAGUGGAGAAUUCAUGGGAUUAAGUCGAGGGGAUUUCACAGUCACAGAUUGGAGGUUUACACUGAGGGAAGCAGGCAAAAGAAUGCUCUUUCGCAGGUGGAAAAAAUGAAUAUUAAGGAGUUGGAGGCAACACAUACUCAGGCGAAAGAUAUCAGAAGUUUGCUCAAUAUGAAGUACGAUGCUCAUCACAACAUGACUCAGAUUUAUAAUGAGACAGCAAAAAUUAGGCGUGAGAGAUUGGGUGGGUUGAAACCUAUGCGGUGGACAUUGAUAGAAGCUCAACGUCUUGGCUACUUUAUUGAGUGUGAAUUUGAUGAUCAACGUCGUGUUACUAGACUCUUCCUAUGCCAUCCUGAGUCGAUUCAGAUGUUGUUGGCAUGGUAUUUUAUUGUUUUGAUAGACUCGACGUACAAGACUAACAAGUAUAAGCAGCCACUGGUUCAGUUGAUUGGUGUUAGUCCGGUGAAGAAGAACUUCAACAUUGGGUUCGCAUUGAUUUACUGGGGCUCAUUGGGUCCGACUAGUUCUCGACAAUGUCGAUGGGGUGACACCAAUGCCAUAUUUUAGUCCACAAUGGACUCAUUUUUGGAAUAUGAGCACAAUUCCGCAUUGAGAUGAGUUAUACCAACAGGAGCAGGAAUUGUAUGCCAUGUGUGGAUUUAGGUGCAAUUAUCAAGGAUUGACAUUUUGUGUUAAAAUGUAUGUGGUUUUAGGUGGAAUUAAUCAAUGAUUUUGUGUUCAAAUUUAUGUGGAUUUAGUUGAAAUUAAUCAAUUGUGUUCACAAUUAUUGUUGCUGAAAAAAUAGACUAGGCGGGUUGAAAACCUGCCUGCACCACGGACCAAACAUUUUACCUACCCAUCUUCACCGUGGGUUGAGUAUGUUGCACACCCACCUGACGGAUGGUGCAGGAAUAUACCCUUCCAGCACAGGCCGUGGACAAAGCAUGUUGUGAACCCGCCUUCCUGGAGGUGAGGGCAUAUAUCCUACCCGCCCUCCCGGAGGUUGAGCCAUAUUCCCUACCCGCCCGAUGGUGCAAGUAAUUUUGUGUGAUCAUUAAAAGUUGUUGUUUGUUGUGUUUUUGUUAGAUAUAUAAGUAGUGGUUAAAAAUUUUAAUUAGUAAAUAAACACUCAAACAUAACACAUCCAAAUGUACCUCAAGUAGGGCUGGUAAUCGGUCGGUAACCGGUUAAACCGGUUACCGUUUGACCGGUUACCGGUAUACCGGAAAUCCUUUGGCGGCUGCCGUUUACUGUAGCCGGAUCCAAUUCGGUAAACCGCUUACCGAUUGUAACGGUACGGUAUUUUUGCCGGUUUCCCGUGUUACCGACUGCCUUUGCGCGGCAUGAUUGUCCCCUGCUGACAAAAACAAUUACAAUUACAAAAGUAAAAAGCUAAACUCCUCACCUCCCAUUUUACUCUCCAACGGUGGCCUGCUGCUUUCUAAGUAGAUUGCAACUGCUCCUCUCUUCCCUUAAACACAGACACACAAAAAAAAAUUCAAUAUAACAUCAUCAGCUCUAAUCGUUCCAACUCGGCCAAAUCACAAAUCACACUUCAUUGAUUCUAACCUGAACUCCGACGAGGUGCCGGGCGGCUUGGUCGAGCGAGAAAGCUCCAACGGCGACGGGGAUGAGGAGGGUUGGGUCGACGGAGAUGGGGUCCAACGGCAAUGGGGGCAGAGGGCGUUCAGUUGUUGGGUCGUGCCUCAAGAGUUGAGCGUUCAGCAACGAGCCAGCGACGGAGAUGGCGAAGGUUGGAAGCUUGGGUUAGUUUGGCGGCGUUUGGAUUCGUCGAUUUCGACUUUCUUUUUUGCGGCGUGAGUCGUGAGGAAAGCAGAGGCAAGAGAAGGAAAUAAAUCCACUUUUAAUAUGUUUAUUUACUCCUAUUCCUAAUUAGAAAAGGCUAGGGUUGGGGAUUUCUGGGGCGGCAGCACCUUUCAGAUUCCGGUAUCGGAUAACCGGCCAGCCGUCGGUAAGGUGCAACCCCGGUCCCGGUAUUACCGUUGCCCAUCUGACCCUUCCGCAUACCGUUGUUCACGGUUAACGGUUUAACCGGUAACCGCCGGUUACCGGUACGGUAUCCGGUUAAACCGUUAACCAUAUAACCAAUUACCAGCCCUAACCUCAAGAAAUAUUCAACAUCAAUCUUAAGAAAUAUUCAACAUCAAUCUUAAGAAAUAUCCAACAUCAAAACAUAAAAUAUCCAACAUCCAAAUGUGAUGCCUGGUAUCGGCUGGGAAACAUGGCUAUGAGGGGGAGGAUCCACUGCAGCUUGACGACGCGAAAGCUUCUCCUGACGCUCCUCCUGACGUUUUUUCCGCUCAGAUACUGUAACGUUGCGUCCGAGAACCCUCGAUUUUUCCUUGCCCCUUCUUUCGCUCAUUGUUGCCUGCUAUCAAGAAAAUAAAAUUAUUUAUUUUCA